CAUAUUAUAAGAAUCAUCAUAAUCGAUUGAUUUAACUGCAAACAUAUCAUAUAAGUACUCCGUAGGAAUAAUGAUAAUAAUUUCACCACUCCAUAUGCAUGAUUUAAAAAUGCGGAACCUAUAAAUACGAAGAAGAAACUAAAAGGGAAAGGUCAAAUUGGGGCAAACAAAAAUGGUGGCACUAUCAUUGUACAAAGGAAACCUGCAUAGAGCACCAGAAGCACCACGUAGAUGGCUAAUGCCAACCCCAAAAAUCUCUCUCAAAGACUUCAGAACUCUCCUCCGUCGCCGCAAGCGUGCCCUAGAUCGCCUCCGCACUCCUCCCAACGCCGCCACCGACACUACAAACCCUAACCCUAACCCUAAGGUUGAAAGUGAUUGCAAGUCUAAAACUGUAGAUGAGGUUCCUGUAUUGGUCCCAGUGAAGGCUGAGAAAGAAGAGGAUGGGAAAUUGGUUGAUUCGACUGAUGUUGUUGUGGUUGAACCUAAGGUUGAGGUUUUGGAAAACGGCGACAAAUUGGACGUUCCGGUGAAUCCUUCUGGUUUUGAGACGAGCAACAAAGAGGAUAAAAACAACAACAACAACAAAGAGGAUGCAACUGAUAAACAGAAAAGAAAGAAGGAGAUUGAGGAUAAAUUACAGAUUUUGAAUAUGAAGAAGCAUGGUUUGGUACAAUUACUAAAACAGAUUCUGAAUGCAGAAGAGGAGCUAAAGAGACGGAGCAUGCAAGGUAUGGCAGUUCGGUCAUCACUCCCGCUUCAAGUGGAUACUACAAAUGACACUGGAUCCAUGACUAGACUAAAUACACCUAGAAUGGGCUCGGACGGAAACCCCAUUGGUGAUAUGGAUGGAGAAGGAGGUGAUGACGCUUCUAACCAGAACAUGCUUUCUCGGAAUUUGCUUCGUAUGAGCAGUACAUCUCCAUGUUCGGAUUCUCAACUGAGGAAGACCCCCUAUAAUGUGGGUCCUCUCUCUUCACGAUCUGUUGGUGUUACUGUUAGUCCUUCGCGGUUUGCACCUCCGGGACAGCAAGGUCAACCUUCAAAUCUUCCCCCGAUGUCCUUAUCUGGAACGAAUUUUGUUGCCUCCUCUCCUUCUCCUGUAGCAUCAGGCGGCACUUCAGUAUUUCGCGAUCGGUUUUCAAGCCCAUGAAAUUAGAAGCUAUGCUGGUUGUUUUUACAUGUCAAGGUGACCUAGCAACUGGUUAUGAUUCUUGUUAGUUGGCUUUAUGUUAUCUUAACCUCAUUCAAACUGGCUAAUCUGUGAAGCUGUAAAUCAUUCUGAAGUUCCAAAUUGCUCAUUCACUGGAAAGGUACUAAUGAAGAUGCAGUGUCUAAGUCCGACGCCUUCUAGUCCGAAGUAUAGUAUUCCGGUUCCUCUGGCUGUGAGUGUCCAUCUGAUCCUUGUGAAGUUGCCCUGAUUAAUGUUUUCAGUUCUUAAAGGUGUGAGAAUGAAUAUCCCAUGUACAUAUAUGAUGCCAUUUAGCUUUUGAAUUAUGGUUAAGUCUUAAAGUUCUAUUGACAUGAGUGGCAUUUUAUUUGUCGUCGUUGUGCGAUUCCGUUCUCAAUCAAUGUGACCUCAUUCAGAUUCAAUGCCUUACAUCAAAGACCCCAUGUUAGGAUAUCUGAGAUGCUCUGAAGUAUGUCACCGAUGUGUGAUUGAUUCUUCUUGAAAUUUGGCAGAACAUAUUACUUAAAUGUUAUAGACUGGGAGUAGGAUCCAAUGUGACGUGUUCUUGAGAAAUGUAAAUACAAAUGACCCGUUUUGAGAUU